GAAAUGAAAACUUGUGUUGGUUUUUUGUAUUGCACAAAUAAACUUGGUACUAACUAUGUUAAGCAUACUUCACAAUAUCAACUUGGAAAAGAUACUCAAAUAGGGUCAUUGGGAAGAACUACUAAACAUAACUACCGUCGAUCAACAAGACAAGUUCUCCGUGCUGUUGCUUCCAAGGAGAGUUCUACCCAUGUGAGAAAACAACUGGCUGAUAGUUUAAACGAAGAAGCACUCAAAUUAGUGGGGUUCCUUCACGGGCAUCGUACCCUAUUCGUUGCUGGAAAAGGAUUCGAUACCGCUGCUGCAACGCUCUUUAGAAAACUUGAUACUGCAAGUGCCUGUCCAACGUUGCAAGAGUUGAACGUCAAUCGUUCAUCGUUACCGGGUAUAGAAGCCGUGAUUCCCAUCGUUACGAACAAACAACACAUCAUCGAUGUACUUUCACAGAACGCACACAUAGAAAAUGGUCAAAUACCGCGCGAAGAAGAAGAAGAAGAAGAUACCGUAGUAGAGACCGUAUUAUUUUCCCUAUUUCAAAAGUUCUUUCGCAUGCUAGUGUAUGCUAUCGCAACUUUUUCAAUCGAUUAUGUGGAUGAAAACAGUUUCAUUUUGUUGGAAAACUUGUUCAGGGAAAUGAAAGUGGAAAAGAGUGUGAUCACGCAGCGUUUUAAUAUAUUGAAAGAGCAAAUACAACAAUUAGUUCCUCAUUAUUUAUGGAAAGAAUGUUCCACGGUCAUCAGUGUUUUAGAGACUCGGUUGCAACGAAUGAACAUUGCUUGAAAAAUCUAUGGAUCACGACGUUGUUGGGUGUCUUUCCAAGGGAAUCAGUUUUGGGUAUUAUAUCCAAUAAAGCAUUACGCACAAGUGAACCUCAAUAAAUCCAUACGUUUUUGAUGGGAUUGA